AUGUUCAACACAAGUGCGAGUCCUUCAGAACCACGAUAUUUUAUGUAUACCUUCCCAGAUUAUGUAGAGAAAGUAAACGUUCGGAUCACAUCGGAUAGCGAUGUAUGUGCAAAGAUAUACGCAAGAAAAGCAAAUUGUCCAGCAUUUGAUGCAUCUGGAUUGGUAGAGUUGAGUGAUUCUUCGUAUUAUCAAUCAUUUACAACUUUUGGUGGAUUCUCUCUGAGAAAAAGCGAUAUUGGCCCGAAGUUUCAUCUAGCAUUCACUGUUGAGCCGGAUGAUGUGGUCUGCGAAACAUAUACAAAUUUGACUGAGAACCCUUAUCGCGUGAAAAAUGUCAAUAUUUCCGUAAUUCCAAUUUUUGAUGAAACUGUCCAACCCAUUGUACCAGUUGUUCUUUAUAUAUCGGUUUCAUUCGCUGUUAUUGUAAUGACUUAUUUUCAAUGCAAAUGGCUCAAUCGCAAUGAAAACAAUGAACCUAAUUCACAACAAGAAAUUGAUUCGGAGAAUUCGCUCGUGGUUGAUAAAAUCAUAUUAUUCGACAAGCCAGCAAACAUAGUCAGCUAUAAUAAGUAUCACAAAAACAAAUUGAUAAAUGAAUCAAAGUAUUUCAAUUUCCUGCUAUUCCAAUUCAUCACUACUAUUAUACUAUCGGUACCGGUUCUGCAGCAACUGAAAAGUAUCUUCCCAAAUGAAAACACACUAACGAAGAACGUGAAUCUGGAUAACUGCUAUCUAAACUAUUUGUGCUCUUCAUCUGUUUUUGGUUUUAACUGUUUCAACGGAAUGAUAAGUUCUAACAGCAUGGUUGUUGUUGGAGUGGUCAACUUGUUCAUUGUUUUUCGUAAGAAAAUAUUUAAAUACAAGUCGCCAAAACCGACCACGGCACACGGUGUCCAGAAACAAGAUGCUGCAAAAGUUGUCACAUUGUUGGGAAUGUUCGCAAUGGGACUCUUUUGGACCCUAAUAAGCAAUUGUCCACAUAAGAGUUCUCUCCAUUUUUAUACCUAUACACAUUCUUGGACAUUUAUAUCUGCUUUCAUGUGGCUACAUGCAAAAAGACACGGAACACACGUAUGGCAACAUUUCUUCAUUAUUGCUCUUUCUUCUGUCUAUGGUUGUUUAUCAUUUCUGGAAUACGCAUACGAAAUGACUUCAAACUACGUGGCAUUCCUUUUCAAAAACAUACUUUUUGUGUUUGUUUGUGUUUCAUCAACGGUGUUCAUUGCUUUUAAUUAUGUUUAUGAAUCAAAAAAAGUGUUUGCAGUUGGAUUAAUUUUGCUUUCCGUUGGAUGGUCCGUUUUCUCGUUCUAUCCGGACGACAUUUCUGUAACGAAAUGCAUUUUUUGUUUGGAGCAGUGUCAAGUUGGAUUCUAUUUGGUAUACUACGUUGUCCAAAAAAUACGUUUUGAGAGAAGUACAUUCAACCGGAAAUUUGUGCUUACUUUGGUUCUGAUUAUUUUGACUUCUAUUCCAGUUAUCAUUUUUUAUUUGAUCAUCAUCAAUUAUGAGUCUCCAUGGUACCUAUUGUGGACUCCCGCCAAAUCUCGCACAUUGAACAGAGAAUGUAUAACACCUGGAAUAGACUGGGCUGAUAUGGAUUACUAUAUGACAUCUGCAAUAUUUAUACUGUUUAUUAUUUUCAUGGAUUUUAUUGAUUCCAAUGUCAAACAUAUACCGAAAAAACAUAUUUUUGUAUUUUAA